AUGGUGAAUGAUGAUACGAUUUGUGUUAUCAGUGGAGCCAAAAUUUUGUUCAUCGACCCUUUGUCUGAGCUUCAGGAUCCAAACAAAGUUUGCAGUAUUGCCCCAAUAGCAAAUUAUGUGCAUUCAAAUGUGUGUGGUUCAAGGGGACUUGAACCAUUGUACAAUCUCUUUGGAAUUAAUGAACAGACAGCCAGAAAUGGGGAGUUCAAAGGGACAUUUUUCUGGUUUCCCCUUAGAAAAUCACCAUCACAAUUGUCAGAAAAUACAUAUUCACCUGAAAAAGUGGAAGAUCUGUUCAUGUCUUUUAAAGAAGAGAUGAGCUCUGAGCUCUUAUUUUUAACAUCGAUUGAAGAAAUCGGAAUAUACAAAAUUGAGAAUGAUAGUUGUGAAUCUGAGUGUACUAUUGCUAUAGAUCAAGGGUGUGCAGAGGAAACUAGAAAUGAAAGGCAGUGCUAUAAGGAAAAAAUCAAAGACAUAGAAGUCAAUAUGGCAGAAGAUGAUAGAUGGAUCAAUCAAUGCGACCCAGUAUGGUUGAAAAGUAUAGUUACAUACAAGAUCAGGAUGAAUGGAAUAGAGACCCUCCAGGUAUGGUUCAUAGUUCAAUAUUUCCAUGCAGGAAGUAUGAAUAAAGAGCUUUCAAAUCUCAUCAGAAAUCGGCGAUCUAAAUACAGACCAUAUAUUGGAGUUGCAGCCAGAGCUUGA